GCCCACCCCGAGCGCGCCGGCCGGAGCUGCGGCCGCACGGGCGGGAGCCGAGUCCUAUAGAGACACAGCCCUCUGGAAUUCAUGAACCAACAUGCUUGGCAGAAGACCUAAAAAGAGCCCUCAGGCAAAGGGCCAGGGAGCUGCAGUUGCAAAGCAGCUGGGGCUGUUUGUGGAUUUCAAUCCUGAGGAGAUGCUGCUGGGUGCAGAGGAAGGUGAGGAUGAUGGGGACCUUGAGGCAGAGCUUGCUGCUAUCACAGGAGGAAAAGUGAAAGAAGGAAAACCGAAACCAAAGGGGAAAACUCCUCUGCCCAUGGAUCAUAUUGAGAAGAUGGCUGCAGAGUGUAUGAAGGACCUGAAUGAAGAGGAAGAUGCAGAUGAUGAGGACUUGGAGAAAGAUACAGACCUGCUGGCAGAGUUGCAAGAAGUUCUGGGGGAAGAAGGUGAGGCAGGAAGCUGUGAGGAUGAAAUGACAGCAACAGAGCCAUCCCCAGCUGAAGCAGAAGAUGAACUACCUGAACUGCAGUCACAGACCUCCUCACUUCCUGCUGUUACCAGUGAGCUGCAGCAGACGCUCCAGGGCAGGAUUGCUGACUACAGGACGGCGAUUUCCAACGCCAGGGACUCGGGGGAGAGCGCCAAAGUGCGGCGCUACGAGAGGGGCCUGAAGACACUGGAAACCAUGCUGGCUGCAGUGAAGAAAGGCAAAAAAAUCAAUGAGGAAGAAAUGCCACCUCCUGUUGCAACGGGAAAGAGUUCUUCUUGUGUACCUCAAGCCAUGAGAGUGGAGCUAGAGAAUUCAGGAGAUUCACCAGAGAAUAAAGCUGACUGUGCUGCAGAUGCUGAGCAGAAGGCUUCUCCUGAGGCAAGGGAAUGUUUGGAAUCAGAGUCUCUGCAAGGUCGUGCUGCUGCUGAUCCUACUGUGGAAACAGAUCCCCAGCACAGCAGCACACGAGCAAUCCUACUGAUGAGGCAAAAGGAGUAUAAAUUGGCAGCUCUAAAAGCCAAGCAGCAAGGGGACCUGGAGAAGGCAAAGGAAUACAUGAAGGCAGGCAAGAAAUUCAAUGUGGUGUUGGAAGCUUUGGACAGUGGGCAGCCAGUAGACCUCCAGAAUAUGCCUCCAUCUCCUCAGGAUCUUGAAAGCUUAGGACAUGUACAAGAUGCAUCCAAGCAAAAAGUACCACCUCGUGUGGGAAGUUCCCAGGAUCUUGCAACACCUGAACCUCAGACCCAAGAAGCUUCAGAGUCCCUGCAGCAGCCCAGGACGGUGCUGGAAGCGCUGCAGCAGCGGCUGGAGAGGUACAGGGCAGCAGCAGCUCAGGCCAAGGCCAGCGGGGACGAUCGCAAGAGCAGGAUGCACGACAGGAUAGCCAAGCAAUACCAAGAUGCCAUAAGAGCCCAUAAGGCAGGGAGAAAAGUGAAUUUUUCUGAGCUACCUGUUCCUCCUGGAUUUCCACCUCUUCCUGGUGUUGCAGCAACAGAUGGUGGCAGCACAAUCGCUGCUGUCCUGGAGACUGCCAGCAAGCUGGCAAACAUGGAGGAGGAUGAUGAAGAGGAGGAGAAUGAGCCUCUUCCCCAGGCCCCAGUUGCCAAGAAGCCAACUCAGGUUGUUAAGCCAACUCCAGUUCCAUGUGCUGCAGCUCAGGAGAGCUCUCCAGAGCACCUGAAACGAGCUGCAUCACCCUCCUCCCUGGACAAGGCAGAGUCAAUGGAUCAUCUCCCACCAGCUGUUAGGGAGCAGCUGGAAUUUCUGGAGAACAGGAAGAAGCAAUACCUGAAGGCAGCCAUCAAAGCAAAGAGGGAAAACAACCUCGAACAGGCGAAGACGUAUCUCAGAACAGCCAAGGGCCUUGACCUUAAGAUUGAGCAGGCAAAAUCUGGCAAAACUGUUGAUAUUUCCAAGCUGCCAUCACCUCCUACAGAUGAUGAGGGUGAUUUUAUCUUUGUACACCAUGAAGAUGUCAGGCUGUCUCAGAAAGCAGAUGAAGUUUAUGCACAGCUUGUAAAAUUGCUGAAGGACCAACAUGAGAGGUGUUUGCAGUACUCCAAGCAAUUCAUGCAUCUGGGAAACGUAGCAGAAACAACUCGGUUUGAGAAAUUGGCACAAGGUUGUAAAAAGGAUAUGGAGAUCCUACAGCUUGCACGAGCACAAGGAAUGGAUCCUCCAAGCCAUCACUUUGAGGAAAGAACCUUUAAAAUGAUAAGGAUAUUUUCUGAUCUCAACAGCACAGAAAUGCACCUUCUUAUUGUCAGGGGGAUGAACCUACCAGCCCCACCAGGUGUGUCACCAAGAGAUUUGGAUGCGUUUGUGAAGUUUGAAUUUCAGUACCCGAGUGCGGAACAACCUCAAAAGAGUAAAACACCUGUAAUUAACAAUAACAAUUGUCCAGAGUACAACCAGCUGUUCAAGCUGAACAUCAACCGCAACCACCGCGGCUUCCGACGCGCAAUUCGCUCCAAGGGAAUCAAAUUUGAAGUGUUCCACAAAGGAUCCUUUUUCAGAAGUGACAAGCACGUGGGGACAGCACACUUGAAGCUGGACAAGCUGGAAUCAGAAUGUGAAGUUAGAGAGAUCAUGGAGAUUUUUGAUGGCAGAAAGCCCACUGGAGGGAAACUGGAGGUAAAAGUGAGACUCAGGGAGCCCCUCAGUGGUCAAGAUCUUCAAACAGUUACAGAAAACUGGCUGGUCCUUGAACGUUAGUUCUGUCUGAGAUCCGUGGGAAUGCUGGAAGUCGUGGGCUGAGCGAAGGCAGGAAGAUGCUGCUAAGCUGCAAGCACCAAAGAUGUUAAAUGAAUGCACUACUGAACCUAAUGUCUAUUUUGAUAACAGCCAUAGUGCUUAUUAAUAACUCCAAGGCAAAGGGAGGCUCUGGGAAUGCGCUGCUGCAGAGCUUGGGACCAGUCUACCCAAAAUAGACAGAAUUGCCUUAAUGUGGGACUACUGAUGUAGCACCAGGAUGAAUGUUACAUUAACUAUGCAGAGUGCUGUGGGAAAGGUUUAGCCCUUUAAAAAUUCCCUGAGGCACAGCCAGAGCUCUUUGGUUAAAUCACAGGUAAGACCUUCACC